AUGACCCUCUCCAAAGAGUAUGAAGCGUCCCAGCAGAUUGGCUUGCCACUGGACGAGGAUGAAGUAGACAUAGUGGGAGAGGACAAGCCUCUCCAUGACCAGCAUCUUCUCUACCGGACCGACAGCACCACGGAGCCUAGCUCCUCCGCCGAUUCCAGCGCUGAACUGGACUGCUCGGAGUUCGACUCGUCUGGGGUGAGCGAGAAUAGUUUCUGUGCAGACACACCUUCAUUGGGAAGACCUCACGGUUCUGUAAAGCCCCCGUAUUCCUACAUCGCUCUCAUCACCAUGGCAAUCUUACAGUGUCCUCUGAAAAAACUGACGCUGAGUGGCAUUUGUGACUUCAUCAGCAACAAGUUCCCCUACUACCGGGAGAAGUUUCCGGCGUGGCAGAAUUCUAUCAGGCACAACCUGUCACUCAACGACUGCUUUAUCAAGAUUCCGAGAGAGCCUGGAAACCCAGGCAAAGGCAACUACUGGUCUCUGGACCCCGCAUCUGAGGACAUGUUUGACAACGGCAGCUUUCUCCGGCGCAGGAAGAGGUUUAAGAGAAACCAGCAGGAGUAUCUGAAAGAUGGACUCAUGUUUUACCCAAACUUCAGCUGUUACCGGCCUUACGAGCGACCUUACUGCGUCCAAAGCCAAACGAGCGUACCGGCUGCCCCUCUCAGGUAUAUGCCCGUUCCGGACGGGCUCGUGAUGUCAACUUCCUUCUACUUACCAUACCCGAGUCUAAGCAGCAUCUGUAAGGUAGUUGCUCCCAAAAACUUCAGAAUGAAACUUUAUGCAGUAACACCCGCAGAACAGAAGCCUGCGAGCGACACACAUAUGAAGUGUUCAUUCAGUAUUGACAGCAUUAUGAGUAGAACCUCUCCUUAUGUAUCACAGAACUCAAAUCCACGGAACUCCAACCCACAUUGUUCUGUUGAUCUUCUCACGGGCACUGCUUGUUUGGUUCCGAGCCUGAUUCAAGCUUCAAUAACUCCAUUCUGCCCAAGUGCAAUGUUGAGCGCUGCUCCUUCAAUAACAGAGAAUGUCCCAAUGUGUUACCUUAGUUGUUGAAGUGUUUGUUUGUUAUAGCAUUAGCCAAAGAAACCUCUUUUUUUAUACAAGUGAUAAAAUGAUACAAUGGAGGCACGUUUGCGCAUUUCUCAAAUAAAUGAUUUAAACUGCAUGUUAUUUAUGUUCAUUCAAUGUUGAAUAUGUCAAAUGAAGUUAAUGUAAAUAAGAAGACUGAUAAUAUAUUUGUUAAAAUAUGGUGUCAAUGUGAAAGUGGAAACACUUUUGCCAAUUGUUUAAAAAUGCAUUGUAUUAUGAUUUUUAGAUUAUUUUUUCCAACAUUGAAAUGAAACAAUAAAAAUAGUUUGACCAUACCAUCAGUUGUUUUUUUGCAGUGUUUGAUUAUGCCUAGGCCAAUUUAUUUCCUUCCCCACAUUUCUUUACACCUAGAAAUGUACUGCUAAAGAUGUAAUCUAUUAGUACAAAAUAACCUGAGGAAAUGAUUGCACUUAAAGGUUUCCAAUUUCAGUUUCUGGAAAACCAGGCCUAAAUUAGCAGGCCUAUAAUAUAUUGCACAGACUUACUUCGCAAAAAGGCUAAAUAGGCCUCUGAACAGCAAAUUACAGUAUAUGAUCUACUUACAAUCUUGUUAUUAUGAAUUGUUGUAAGCGUAGGCUAUAUUUAUUUUCAUCAAUUUUGUUUGUCCUGUAAUUGGCGAAACAUAACUCUUGUUUGUCACUAAAACAGAUCAGUCUAAUCAGUGCGAAUUUCGUGCCCUGUUUUGUUUUAUUGCAAUUAAAUACAUAUUAAAUAACCAUUAAAAUACAUUUGAUUUCAUCUUAAUUUCCUUGAAAAUAGAAUGAAAACUUGAGAACGUCUGCAUCCAGCUGUAGGCCAGUUCAAUGCUGCCACCGUGUGGCCCAUGUUUAAUGCAUUUCAAUACAGACAACUACUUUUAUAGGACCAAUAAGCCUUUUUAAAUUUAGCAAUGUACGUUUUUCAAAAGUGUAUUUCCUUGAUUUUGCUCAUGGUUAUGCUGUCCACUAAGUUUUGCAUCAGUGAAGCAGCACAUAUGCCUCUCGCUCUCUCUCUCUCUCUGGCCACCCAUGACGCAUCUUGGUCUUUUGAUGUUUGCUUUUAUGCAUAUAGUACAAAGAGAGCGAGAGAGACAGAGAGACGUGCCAUUGAAUAAGAUGCACUCCAUUUUUGUCACAGUUUAAUUAUUUUGGAAAGGGAGUGGAUUUUAUGUUAUCAUUCUAGUCCAUUAGCUUAAAGUAUCAUAUUAAAACCAACUAGUGUGUUUUACUUUACCUUUAACUAUAUUGCCUAAUAUAUGGGACAGCGUGGAGGUCUUCUUGACGCAUUGCCUUGCCCAUGGCCAACAGUGCGCCCUCAGGUCCUGCCUCGUCACUUUUCUGACUGUGAUUUGCCUUGUCCGGUUACAGCCCCAGCCCGAAACUAUUCUCCCCGCACUCCACCGGGCUAUUUUUGUCCAGAGGCGCAGCUGAUUGUAGGGGCUUUUGGCCCUGCCUGAUUUUGGCAGGCGCGUGUCCUUGUGGAGAGUCAGGCUUAUUUGGAAAAUAGGGAGUUGUCAGGCGGAAGAGAAGACUUGGCUUAACAUUACAUUAGCCUACUUUAACAUCCAAAGCUCUCACUGCAAGUUUACUGUGGCAUGUGUUUAAAACCUACAGUAGGCCUAUAACUAGCAUAUAUCUCAAACCGACCUUACAAGCCAAGGAAUUUGUUGAUGGAACUUAUCAUCUUAAUAGCCAUCCCUCUGGAAAGCGCUGGUGUGCUGUCAUUGCGUAAACGCAUCCCUCACCCCCACCCACCUCGAAAGUGCUACUUCUGGAGGACUAGAGCGGACAUCACUGGACCUCUCACCUCCCUAACACAGUCCGUCUCCUACAGCAUAUGUGUGGCUCUCCACCUUUCUCCAGCCGACAGUUAGGCUUCUGACAGCGCAAAUUUCUGUGACAGACAGAGUCAUCCCCGGUGUAGCCAGUCGACGCGUCACUCCCGCUGGGUUCUUGUGCGGAGGAUGGAGACGAACCCCAUUCCCGUGGUAACGGUCCAGACGAGCCCAUUUGAUGACCAGCGGCCCGGUACCAACGGGUUGCGGCGGAAGACGGCGGUGUUCGAGGGCAAGAAGAACUACCUGCAGAACUACAUCCAGAGUGUACUGUCGUCCAUCGACCUGAGGGACCGCCAAGGAUGCACCAUGGUGGUGGGUAGCGACGGACGCUACUUCAGCCGAGCCGCCACCGAAAUUAUAGUUCAGAUGGCCGCUGCCAACGGGGUAAGACAAGAAUGUCGUGUCAGAAAGUUUGGAAUGGUUCAGGGUUCGUGAUGAUAAUGAUAAGGAUAAUGAUAAUAAAUUAAGCACAGAAAUAGCAUGAUAAACCAUUGUAUUUUAUUUUUAAUCCUCCAUAUGCCUGUGGGUCGUAUAAACUAUGGUUUAUACAGCUGCAACUCUAGUCAAGUGCAUAAAAGGGAAUGUUGUACACUAGUUUAUCUAUCACAGACUGCUCUGUUUAUGCGCCUCUGAAACGUUUAGUUAAUCCAGUGGCCUUGUUUGAACAACACUCAGAUUUAUGGUGAUAGGCAUACGUGCAUAUAGAUAGGCAGGCUAUAUUAUAACCUAAGCUUAUACCCUCUCCCAGUGUCAGUGUGUUUGUGUGUGUGUAUGUGUGUGCGUGCGAGCGCGGGCCUGCGUGAGUGGCGGAGCCUUUUAACCAAUUGCGCAGAGCGCUUGGAAAGGACAGCAGCCUAUUCUCAGAUCUAUGCGACACCAAGCUUGAUGAAAUGCCCAAAGGAAUAUCUGAGGGGAAUGUAUUUGUUUUGAGAUGGGUCUAUUUUUCUGCUGGCCCAGCCAAAUGUCUCCUGCCUGCCUUAUCGGCUGUUCCAUCCCUCAUCCAUUCCUUUCCUGCCCACGCGCAACUCAGCUCCAUUCCUCCCCCUCGUUCGAGGCUUGGGGGAUACCCAGUUUAGUGGCCACGAGCCAAACUCACAGGAGAUAAGUGCUGGGACGACAUUGAAAUAAUUUUUGUGAAAUGCUGGGGGCAGAGUAUGGAAUGAUGAUUGGCGUGUAGACCUACAACGGGUCGCUGACAGGGCAUGGCAGGUGUGAAGUACGCACCCAAAGGGCACUAUUCGAUCCAAAGCGAUGUCUGGGAUAGGUUUAAAUAUAUAUAUUAUGGGGAGAGAAGGUUGUCAUUAACACAGCUGAUUUUCUUUUGUUUUCAAACCAUACAAAUGUUUUUGCUCUUAUCCCAAAAACAAGUUAACCGAGUUUGAUUGAAUAGAGCCAAAAGUCUCUCUGUGAUGCGUGUGAUAGAAGGAGUCAGGAGCAGGAGAGUAAUACGCAUCCAAAGAGUUUAUUCCUUCGAUAAACAGUUGCGCAAGCAUGCGACAACAAAACUCAGGCACAGAGGAAAUAUCUACCCUGGCAACAACAAGGUAAGGGUAGCUCAACCGAGCUACACACAGCUCACUACAAACAAUCACCCACACAGACAAGGAAGCAGAGGGAACACUUAUACAAUGACUAAUUGGGGAUAAGGACCAGGUGUGUGUGAUUAAUUAGACAAGACAAGUGGAGUGAUGAUAAAUGGAUCGGCAGCAGCUAGUAAGCCGGUGACGACGAACGGCGAAACCUGCCCGAACAAGGAGGGGAGGCAGCCUCAGCGGAAGUCCCGUCGUGACAGUACCCCGCGCGCCGACCCUGGCCCCGGGGACGGCCAGGAGGACGCGGAGCAGGGCGAGCCGAAUGGCGACGGUGGAAAUCCCAUAACAUGGAGGGAUCGAGGAUAUCCCUCACCGGGACCCAGCACCGUUCCUCCGGACCGUACCCUCCCACUCCACGAGGUACUGAAGGCCCCCCACCCAACACCUCGAAUCCAGGAUGGAAUGAACCGAGUACGCUGGAGCCCCCUCGAUGUCCAGAGGAGGUGGAGGGACCUCCCGCACCUCAGACUCUUGGAGCGGACCGGCUAGCACUGGCCUGAGGAGAGACACAUGAAACGAGGGGUUAAUACGGUAAUCAGGGGGAAGUAAUAACCUAUAUGCGACCUCUCCUCAGGACUUUGAACGGCCCCACAAACCGCGGGCUCAGCUUCCGGCAGGGCAGGCGGAGGGGCAGAUUCCAGGUCGAGAGCCAGACCUGAUCCCCCGGUAUGAAGACCAGGGCCUCACUGCGGUGGCGGUCAGCGUUGGCCUUCUGACGACGCACAGCGCGUUGGAGGUGAAUGUGGGCAGCAUCCCACGUCUCCUCCGCGCGCCGAAAGCAGUCAUCCACCGCAGGAGCCUCGGUCUGGCUCUAGUGCCACGGUGCCAGAACCGGUUGGUAACCUAGAACACACUGGAAAGGCGUUAGGUUAGUGGAGGAGUGGCGGAGAGAGUUCCGGGCAUAUUCUGCCCAUGGCAAGAACACUGACUACUCCCCCGGCCGGUCCUGGCAGUAGGACCGCAGGAACCUACCCACGUCCUGAUUUACCCUUUCCACCUGCCCAUUACUCUCGUGGUGGAACCCAGAGGUCAGGCUGACCGAGACCCCCAGACGUUACAUGAACGCCUUCCAGACCUUGGACGUGAACUGGGGACCUCGGUCAGACACUAUAUCCUCUGGUACCCCGUAGUGCCGGAAGACGUGAGUAAACAGGGCCUCCGCAGUCUGCAGGGCCGUGGGGAGACCGGGCAGAUGAAGGAGGUGGCAGGACUUUGAGAAGCGGUCCACAACGACCAGGAUGGUGGUGUUACCUUGGGAGAGGGUAAGAUCAGUCAGAAAAUCAAUGCUAAGGUGAGACCAUUGUCGUUGUGGAACUGGUAACGGUUGUAGCUUACCCGCUGGGAGGUGCCUAGGUGCCUUACUCUGGGCGCACACCGAGCAGGAGGAGACGUACACCCUCACGUCCUUAGCCAAGGUAGGCCAACAGUACUUUCCGCUCAGGCAGUUAAAGUACAAAUGGGAAAAUAAAUAAACAUAAAUAUGGGUUGUAUUUACAAUGGUGUUUGUUCUUCACUGGUUGCCCUUUUCUUGUGGCAACAGGUCACAAAUAUUGCUGCUGUGAUGGCACACUGUGGUAUUUCACCCAGUAGAUACAGUGGGGGAAAAAAGUAUUAGGUCAGCCACCAAUUGUGCAAGUUCUCCCACUUAAAAAGAUGAGAGAGGCCUGUAAUUCUCAUCAUAGGUACACGUCAACUCUGACAGACAAAAUGAGAAAAAAAAAUCCAGAAAAUCACAUUGUAGGAUUUUUUAUGAAUUUAUUUGCAAAUUAUGGUGGAAAAUAAGUAUUUGGUCAAUAACAAAAGUUUCUCAAUACUUUGUUAUAUACCCUUUGUUGGCAAUGACACAGGUCAAACGUUUUCUGUAAGUCUUCACAAGGUUUUCACACACUGUUGCUGGUAUUUUGGCCCAUUCCUCCAUGCAGAUCUCCUCUAGAGCAGUGAUGUUUUGGGGCUGUCGCUGGGCAACACGGACUUUCAACUCCCUCCAAAGAUUUUCUAUGGGGUUGAGAUCUGGAGACUGGCUACGCCACUCCAGGACCUUGAAAUGCUUCUUACGAAGCCACUCCUUCGUUGCCCGGGUGGUGUGUUUGGGAUCAUUGUCAUGCUGAAAGACCCAGCCACGUUUCAUCUUCAAUGCCCUUGCUGAUGGAAGGAGGUUUUCACUCAAAGUCUCACGAUACAUGGCCCCAUUCAUUCUUUCCUUUACACGGAUCAGUCGUCCUGGUCCCUUUGCAGAAAAACAGCCCCAAAGCAUGAUGUUUCCACCCCCAUGCUUCACAGUAGGUAUGGUGUUCUUUGGAUGCAACUCAGCAUUCUUUGUCCUCCAAACACGACGAGUUGAGUUUUUACCAAAAAGUUCUAUUUUGGUUUCAUCUGACCAUAUGACAUUCUCCCAAUCUUCUUCUGGAUCAUCCAAAUGCACUCUAGCAAACUUCAGACGGGCCUGGACAUGUACUGGCUUAAGCAGGGGGACACGUCUGGCACUGCAGGAGUUGAGUCCCUGGCGGUGUAGUGUGUUACUGAUGGUAGGCUUUGUUACUUUGGUCCCAGCUCUCUGCAGGUCAUUCACUAGGUCCCCCCGUGUGGUUCUGGGAUUUUUGCUCACCGUUCUUGUGAUCAUUUUGACCCCACGGGGUGAGAUCUUGCGUGAAGCCCCAGAUCUAUGGAGAUUAUCAGUGGUCUUGUAUGUCUUCCAUUUCCUAAUAAUUGCUCCCACAGUUGAUUUCUUCAAACCAAGCUGCUUACCUAUUGCAGAUUCAGUCUUCCCAGCCUGGUGCAGGUCUACAAUUUUGUUUCUGGUGUCCUUUGACAGCUCUUUGGUCUUGGCCAUAGUGGAGUUUGGAGUGUGACUGUUUGAGGUUGUGGACAGGUGUCUUUUAUACUGAUAACAAGUUCAAACAGGUGCCAUUAAUACAGGUAAUGAGUGGAGGACAGAGGAGCCUCUUAAAGAAGAAGUUACAGGUCUGUGAGAGCCAGAAAUCUUGCUUGUUUGUAGGUGACCAAAUACUUAUUUUCCACCAUAAUUUGCAAAUAAAUUCAUUAAAAAUCCUACAAUGUGAUUUUAUGGAUUUCUUUUUCUCAAUUUGUCUGUCAUAGUUGACGUGUACCUAUGAUGAAAAUUACAGGCCUCUCUCAUCUUUUUAAGUGGGAGAACUUGCACAAUUGGUGGCUGACUAAAUACUUUUUUCCCCCACUGUAUGGGAGUUUAUCAAAAUUGGGAUUGUUUUCGAAUUCUUUGUGGAUCUCUGUAAUCUGAAGAAAAUACUCUCUCUCUCUCUGAAUCCUGAAGUGAGGAGAUGCGCCGACGUCAUAAGAAUGAAUUCCUCAUGAAUGAGGACACUUUUAUUUAGAAUAGUUGAGAUGCUAUAGCCUAUGGCCAGAACAUGCGAGACUAUUCGCGUCACUUCAAUAAAUGGAUGUAGACGCCCAUGAUGACUGUCUGGAAUGUAGCCUAGUCCAAGCCUGAUAGAACGUCUGGAACCUCAGUCGGUGCCAAAUUCUGGACGCAUCUGGUCUGGAAAGAUGAAGCCCUGAGUGUCAUGACAGAAGCCACAUGACCAGUUCUAGAAAACAUCUCUUGACAAAAGGCAUGACAUGAAGCUCAUUACAAUAAAGUUAUGUGAAUUUAAUCAUUCUGUAGGCUGAAGCUACACUGAGCUAGUCUACAAUAAUAGGCCUUUUCAUUCUUGAGUUGCGAUGUUUGUACAUGCCUUAGUCUUGAAUAAUGUAUGAUACAAUGAAUUACUUAUACAUGAACAUAGGUCCCAGAAUGAGAUUCAGUCAGCUAAAGUUCCUUCAACUCUCCCUUUGUCUGUGUUUCUUUCAGAUCGGUCGGCUGGUGAUUGGACACAACGGCCUCCUCUCCACCCCUGCUGUGUCCUGCAUCAUCAGGAAGAUCAAGGCCAUUGGUGGAAUCAUCCUGACAGCCAGUCACAAUCCAGGAGGCCCCGGGGGAGACUUUGGGGUCAAAUUCAACGUGGCCAAUGGAGGUGAGGUGCUUAUUUGACUGAUUGCUGUCAAUCUGCCAGCCAGUCAAUCUGUCAGUCAGUUAAAGGAUGGAUGUCCUCCUACCUAAGGAGUUUUCUUUUCGCCACUGAUACUUGUGCUUGCUCUUCUUGGCUUUAUGCCCAGGUUGUUAGUGGGCACUUUGUGAUAAAUGUGUUUUUUAAAAGUGCUAUAUGAAUACAAUAUUGGUGAUUUAUUGACUGAGUUAAGAGAGUUAGCACCAUAGCCCACUCAUAGCCCCUGCAGCUAUCCAUGUAUUCUCUAAACAAGGAAUACUCACAUAUUCCUGAAGUUCCAUCAUGGACAGGCCUUCUGAGUCCCCAGGCUUUGCAAUGGAAUCUCAGUCAUCUUCCAGUCGUAUAAAUAGAGCAAAGUGCUCUCCUCAUCCCUCAUGUCUCACACUACAGUAGCUUUCUCUCAGAGCCCACAGACUAUGGCUCUCAAAAGGAUUCUACACAAUGUUCCCUUUGUCAAUGUUCACAUGACCCCAGUAGCUUCUUACAAUCCUCACAUGCUACAUAGAAGAUGAUCACUUCUCAGUAAUAUGUUAUUUAACUUCCUAUGAAUAACAGUGGUGCAUUAAAAUGCCACCAUAGGCUUCACUGUUCUUAAACAUGUAUAACAACAAUCAUAGACCAGGAACAGGUCACAUAAUGUGAAAACAUUGGGUUCCAUGGUAACCGUGUCCUCUCCCCCCCAUAGGCCCGUCCCCGGACACGGUGAUAGAUAAGAUUGCCCAGGUGAGUAGGACCCUGGAGGAGUAUGCCAUCUGUCCUGACCUCCGCAUUGACCUUGCCAGGCUGGGACGCCACGACUUUGACCUGGAGAACAAGUUCAAACCCUUCAGAGGUACUGGACACACACAGACCAGACAUUUACAUUUUAGUCAUUUAGCAGACGCUCUUAUCCUGAGCGACUAUCAGUUAGUGAGUGCAUACAUUUUUCAUACUGGCCCCCCGUGGGAAACGAACCCACAACCCUGGCGUUGCAAACGGCAUGCUCUACCAACUGAGCUACACGGGGCCUACACAGACACACACAGAGCAGACACACACAGAGCCAGGGGCGUAGAAGAGACUCUGACAUUGGGGGAAACCAUUUUGCUACCUGGGUUUUUGUUGUUGUUGAAAAAACAGGUUUUAAAUGCUAAUUUCUAGUGACUUUUGAAAAAAGGAUAAAGAAAAAUAUUAACUUACAAAUGGUAAAAUGUACAAGGCUAAGGGGGCCCUUGUAGAGGGGUACUUACUCUGGUACAGUCCAAUCAGUCUGAGGGCCAUGGCCAUUCAUACUGUACUGAAUACCAGUGUGACUGUUUAUGUGCAUAUAUUCAAUUACACAACCAUUUUGUACUCUUUCUCUGCUACUGUAUGAUUCAUUUCCCAGUAUUUGUCUCACUUCCCCUAUGUCAGUUUGUUACUACUUCUGCUCUACAUACUGUAUGGUUUAAAACUUAACAUAAUAUUUUCAACUUAUAAUACAGUUCUUAUACUGUGAUAUUAACCAGCAAUAUACAGUGUUAAAAGCUGUUUUAAUAAAUAAAAAGGUAGGCAUGAACGGUCAAACUGAAAUUAAUUAAUCUCUACUCUAGAGAGAAGCUUUUGCAAUUUUAUAACUCAUUUCAUGGAAUUCUACUCAUUUUGCCAUGGGGUGUAGAGACAAAUGUCUUGCAAUUUCCUGGAGAGAAAUGUUUGCAGUUUUUAAUAUGAUAUCUGAGUGAGAGUGACUAACAAAAUCAAUGGGGGCCCCCUGGUCGGUAAUUCGACCAUGAUUACUACAAGUUUAGAUAGCUGGCUAGACAUAUAAAAAAAAAUGUUAGCUGACAUGGGCUAAUUGAGUGACUGUCAGUGACUGACAUAACAAGAGAAAAACUGCUGAUGCACAACCACAUUUUGAAAUUGCACCCAUUGGGGGGGGGGUUGCAUUUUACCGGCUACUAACAUUGGGGGGCUCCUAUGCCCCUGCACAGAGCAGCAUACACAGAGUAGAAACACACACACUGCAAACACAUAUACAUUCACACACUCACACGCCAGGCAAACACAGUCUCACCACACAUACACUCUGUUCUUGCAUACAAGUAGCAUACAUGCUAUUGGAUGGAUGGACACAUGCAGAUACACACUAGACUCUGAGCUACUGCCCUCCUCUUCUGUGUGUUGUUAGUUGAGAUAGUGGACUCAGUGGAGUUGUACCUCAACCUGCUGAGAACCAUCUUUGACUUCAGCGCCAUCAAGAGCCUUCUGACAGGACCUGAACAGCUGAAGAUACGGAUAGACGCCAUGAACGGAGGUAGGACAAUACUCACAAAGACCAAAGUAGUUACAGUAUUGUAUCAGGUGCUUACCAGUGAUUAUAUUGUAUUGUAUUCUAUUCCAUAGUAUUAUUUUCUAUUCUAUUCUACUCUAUUGUCAGUGAUGGGUCUGUACGUGCGCCGUAUCCUGUGUGAUGAGUUGGGGGCUCCUGCCAACGCUGCUGUCAACUGUGUCCCAAUGGAGGACUUUGGGGGCCGGCCUCCAGAGCCCAACCUCACAUACGCAGCCCCAUUGGUUGAUGCUAUGAAGGGCGGAGACUUUGGUUUCGGAGCUGCGUUCGAUGCAGACGGGGUAAGACAGCUGAGGAGGAGAGGAACACUGCCUUCACAAAGUACUCACACCCCUUGACUUUUCCCACAUUUUGUUGUGUUACAGCAGUGGUGUUCAAACUUUUUCAGUGGGGACCCCAUUUCUUUCGCCAGAAGUUCUGGGUACCCCAUUCUUCCCCCCAAUAAUUUAUUGCGACUCCACCCCACCCCAAAUCUAAUGACACAACCUUAAAAUCAGUACAUUUAGAUUUUUACAUCAACAAAUAACCUUCAAUUCAUUGCAUUUUUAUCUCUUAUCAAAAUGAAAAGAAACCAAUAAAUACAUUAACUCAAUUAAAUUGUAUCUUUCAAAUUAUCUUCCUCAAAAAUGUUUGUAUAUUGUCCCAUACAAUAAUCUGUAAUCUUAAUUUUAAUUUUAAUUUUGGCGACCCCACUGCAGACCCCGACUUUGAAUACCACUGUGUUAUAGACUGAAUUAAAAAUGAAUUAAAUAUAGAUUUUUCUUCACCGGCCUACACACAAUACGGCAUAAUGUCAAAGUGGAAUUAUAUUUUUUGACAUUUUUACAAAUUCAUUAAUAAAAAGCUGAAAUGUCUUGAGUCAAUAAGUUCUCAACCCCUUUGUUAUGGCAACCCUAAAUAAGUUCUGGAGUAAAAAUUGCAUGGACUCACUCUGUGUGCAAAAUUGUGUUUAACAUGAUUUUUGAAUGACUACCUCAUCUCUGUACCCCACACAUACAAUUAUCUGCAAGGUCCCUCAGUCGAGCAGUGAAUUUUAAACACAGAUUCAACCACAAAGACCAGGGAUGUUUUCCAAUGCCUCGCAAAGAAGGGCACCUAUUGGUAGAUGGGUAAAAAAUAAAUAAAGCAGACAUUGAAUAUCCCUUUGAGCAUGAUGAAGCUAUUAAUUACACUUUGGAUAGUGUAUCAAUAAACUCAGUCACGUCAAAGAUACAAGCAUCCUUCCUAACUCAGUUGACGGAGAGGAAGGAAACCGCUCAGAGAUUUCACCAUGAGGCCAAUGGUGACUUUAAAACAGUUACAGAGUUUAAUGGCUGUGAUAGGAGAAAACUGAGGAUGGAUCAACAAUAUUGUAGUUACUCCACAAUACUAACCUAAUUGAUAGAGUGAAAAGAAGGAACCCUGUACAGAAUACAAAUAUUCCUAAACAUGCAUCCUGUUUGCAACAAGGCACUAAAGUAAUACUGCAAAACAUUUGUCAAAAUAAUUAACUUUUUGUCCUGAAUACAAAUCCAAUACAACAGAUUACUGAGUACCACUCUUCAUAUUUUCAAGCAUAGUGGUGGCUGCAUCAUGUUAUGGGUAUGCUUGUAAUUGUUAAGGACUGGGGAGUUUUUCAGGAUAAAAAAAGAAACGGAAUGGAGCUAAGCACAGGCAAAAUCCUAGAGGAAAACCUGGUUCUGUCUGCUUUCCACCAGAUACUGGGAGAUUAAUUCACCUUUCAGCAGGACAAUUACCUAAAACACAAGGCCAAAUCUACACUGGAGUUGCUGAGUGGCCGAGUUACAGUUUUGACUUAAAUCUACUUGAAAAUCUAUGGCAAGACCUGAAAAUGGUUGACUAGCACUGAUCAACAACCAAUUUGACAGAGCUUGAAUAAUUUUGAAAAUAAUAAUGCUGUGGAAAGCUCUUAGAGACUUACCCAAAAAAGACUCACAGCUGUAAUUGCUGCCAUAGGUGCUUCUACAAAGUAUUGACUCAGGGGUGUGCAUAUUUAUGUAAAUGAGAUAUUUCUGUAUUUCAUUUUCAAUACAUUUGCAAAAAAUUCUAAAAACAUGUUUUCACUUUGUCAUUAUGGGGUAUUGUUUGUAGAUGGGUGAGAGAAAAAACACAACAAAAUAUGGAAUAAGUCAAGGGGUGUGAAUACUUUCUGAAGGCACUGUAUAAUAUACAAAGUACUACAAUACACUUUCAGGGGAGGUGAUAAGGACGUUUGAUAAGGAUGUUUGAUUCUGCUGAAAUGGGCAGGGUUUACACUUUUGGGACUAUUCCAUUGGUUCCAUGGCAGCAAGCCAAAUCAAGCACAUGUAAAGUAUUUAAAAGAAAUCAAGCACUUGACCUAUGUCGACCCAGGUCUGCUAUCUAAUGGGAACUUGGAAUUGCCUUUGUUUGUUUUUGUCGGCAUUUAUUUGCUGGUCAAUAGCAGGAUGUCAGGCAAUGGGACCAGCUAAUAUCUGUGACAUAACAAACAUCUAAUUUUUUCCACAACAUCUCACAUUAAUUUUUAAUUUCUACCAGCGUCACACUCACGCACAUUAGCCUAACUCAAUUACCUAGCCUAGCAUCAGGAGCAUUAUGUCACUCUAUUGUAUUCCAUUGUAGCCCUCUCCCAGUGCUUACAGUGCUGCAUUUUAGUAGGAAGGAGUGUGUCCCAUACAUUUUAUUUGAUUGGGAGAGAUGCAAUUAAAACAACCGUAUAUCAACUGGUAGGGAUGGGAGUGAAAGUUAGAGUAACAGCAAAUAUUUAUGUUCAACAUACUUUAAUUAUUGGAGGAUUUGAUUAGGUAUUUAUUGGUUAUGUAUUGAUUAUUUCUUUAUGGAUUGCUGUAUGGUUGAUGAGUGUAUGUAUUGCAGGACCGGUAUAUGAUCCUGGGUGAGAAUGGUUUCUUUGUGAACCCUUCAGACUCCUUGGCUGUCAUGGCGGCCAACCUCUCCUGUAUCCCUUACUUCAGACAGCUGGGACUAAGGGGCUUCGCUAGGAGUAUGGCUACCAGCACUGCCCUAGACAGGUAGGACACACACACACACCAAUAUCCCUACACCCUGUUUGUGGACGGCUGCUGGGGGAAUUGCUCCACAUUACUUUUCCAUUUUUCAACACCUCUUCACCUUAGCCUCAUCUAUCCCCCCACCUCCGUCUAUCUAUCUCUCUCUCUCUCUCUCUCUCUCUCUCUCUCUCUCUCUCUCUCUCUCUCUCUCUCUCUCUCUCUCUCUCUCUCUCUCUCUCUCUCUCUCUGUCUCUCUCCCUCUCUCUCUCUCUCUCUCUUUCAUCCCUAUCUCUCCAACUCUUGCGACCAAUCCACAAAUACCUGCCCUGGUCCAUUCUCUGGAGAGGUUGGACGCCUCAGAGUGGAGAAUCCCCCUCUAUGAAUAACGUAAUAAGCUCUCUCUCUCUCUCUCACACACACACACACACACACACACACACACACACACACACACACACACACACACACACACACACACACACACACACACACACACACACACACACACACACAGACAGACAGAGCAUCUGUAGCCACUCGCUACACCUGCAAUAACAUCUGCUAAAUAUGUGUAUAUGACCAAUAAAAUUUGAUUUGAUUUGAUUUAAAUACAGCCCAAAGGCCCACACACUGAGACAUAAGGCUGUCCCAGAGCAGAGCAGUGGUGACUGAGAUAGUGUGAUCAGGGGGUCAGUAAUGUACAUUAACAUUGUGUGUGUGUGUGUGUGUGUGUGUGUGUGUGUGUAACCCUGGCCUCUGACCCUCUCUUUUCCUGUGAGGGUUGGUGGACUCAGUGUCGGUCCUGUUAAUGCGGGCAGCUAUGGAGGAAAUGAGCUCACUCCCCAAGCCCAUCUCUCAGGGGGUCGCGGCCGCUAUCGCUAA